ACGACUCUCCUCCGCGACGUUCUCCAUGACAUUCCCUAUGACGGCGCCGUCACAUGUGCUCGUUUGACAUUUCCGAGUAGGCACUAACGCAAUUCGCACCCGUCCGCGCGCGGAGUGAAUCUACGGUGAACCUGUGCUCGCUUAUUAACGAGAGAUAGUGAUAAUUGAUAGAUGUUACAUAUCUGUCCAUUGUGAUGUAAAUUCAACGUUGUCCUGAAAUAAUAUUUCAGCGCAACUUUACGAAACUUUACACAAUCUUACCAAUAAAGUAGAUGCAAAAAACGUAGAAAGUACGAGCAAAGAUAUAAAAAAAAGAGGUGUUGUCUAAUAUUUAAUAAUCCGUCUCUUUUAUAACGGCCGAUAAGAUUUUGUCUCUGAACAGAUACAAGUGUAAUUAGAAUCUCGCGUGUUCCUCCGCUGUUUUUUUACAAGUGUAAAUGAAAAGGAUAACAGAGUAAAGAGAGACAGUAAAUGAAUAAUCGGUGAAAAAUUAUUGCGAGCUUGUUUCGCCGAUUGUUUCGAUCUUCCCAUCGUCAAUCCUGACCAAAGAGGCUCGCAUAAAGAAUUCGCAAAUUGACACGCUAAGGCUGUCAGAAUCUUUAUUCGUUGCUAUGUCGUGGUCGCAAGAUACGAUUGCGAACAGCCAUCGGACGUCCGACAAUUUCGAAUUACCGCCGACACCGCCGACACCGUCGUCUCUCCAUGCGGAAGGGCAGAGCGCGAGAACGGCAACAGGUUGCGAGACAACGUGGUAUCACAGGUGGUCCUGGAGCAACCCGUCGCAUCCUUGCAACGGAUUCGACAUCGCGACCGACGAAACCGCUCGUUUCGUUCCGUCGCCUUACAUCGUUAAUUUUCUUCAAAACACGGAUAACAAUCAGAAUUAUCGCACGUGCAGAUGGGAGCAAUAUUCCCAGCAAGAUGCCGCAGAUUGUCAGCCGAUAAUCGAGCAAUUGAGCGGAAAGGAAGAUGAGAGGCCUUUGAGCAAGCCUGAAAAUUUAUUAUACGAGAAUAAUCAAGAUCGCCGUGUGACGACUACGACAAACGCGGGAACAACGUUUCGCACUUGGGAUAUGCCUCAUUUGCAGAACAUGGACCGCGAGCACGAGAGCAAGUAUCAAUCUUGGCAGAAUUCGCAACGUAAUGAGAAUCAGACAAAUUCACUCCUCGGAGAAAAUACGCGUCCGCAUCAACGAGAAACAACGAAGAGGACGAGUGAUAAGCCGCGGAAGGAGAGAACCGCGUUUACGAAGCAACAGGUCCGACAUCUCGAGUGUGAAUUUGCUCACAGCAAUUACUUGACACGUUUGCGCCGCUACGAAAUUGCCGUGGCAUUAGAUUUAACGGAACGUCAGGUGAAAGUGUGGUUUCAGAACAGGCGUAUGAAAUGGAAGCGAACGAAAGGGAGCACGGCUGCCGUACAGGAAACAACUAUUGUAUCGUGACAUAUAUUUCUCGAGCG